CGGCGGCGGAGCGCAGAGCCCGCGGCGAGGCGGCGGAGGCGGCAGGAGCUGCGCAGCGGCGGCAGCAGCGGCACAGGGGCCAGAGCGGCUCCGAUCCGCAGUCCGGACAAGAUGUGGCGGCGCUGGGAAGCAGGAUGGGACGAGAAGAGGGAGCUGCAGGAGCUCAAUUCCCGGCUGCGGGUCUUCGUGUCCCGAGUGAGGGAACUGGAGGAGGAGAACCGCUUUCUGGCGCGGGAGCUGGCGGAGCUGCGGGAGCAGGAGUUGAUCGGGCUGCGGGUGCCCGAGCAGGAGCUGGCCUGGCUGCGCAUGCAGCUGGAGGAGCUGAGCCAGGCGAAGCUGGAAGCGGAGCUGGAGCGGGACGGGCUGCGGCGGGAGCUGGAGCAGCUACAGCUGCUGGGUGCCGAGGUGCUGGCGAUGCGCCGCCGCCUGGAGCCGGAGCUGGCCGGGCAGCGGCAACUGCUGCAGCGGCUGCAGGGCGAGUGCGUGGCGCUGGAGGAGUUGCUGCUGCAGAUGCAGGACGAGCACGGGCACCUGGCGGAGCGGCAGCGGCGGGAGGCGGUGGAGAUACGAGAGCUGCGGAUGGACCUGGCCGCCUUGCCGCCCCCCUUGUCCGCCCUGAGCCUGGAGGAGCUGGAGGAGACCUACGAGAUGCUGCUUAGCCAGAGCUGCCAGGAGACUCUGCUGCGCUAUCAGGAGCAGAUCCAGAGGCUGCAAGAGCAGGAGGCGCAGCGGAGCCGAGAGAACCUGGAGCUCCUGCGGGAGGAGAGCCGGCAGUGCCGCCAACACCUGGAAGACCUCCACCGCCAGGGCCAGGAGCUGUGCGGGCUCCGGGAGCGGCUGGAGCAGGAGCUGCUCGCCAUGCAGGACCGCCACGGCGCCGAGGUGGACGAGUACCAGCGGAUAAUUGAUGCUCUAGAAGAAGAAAAGCAGUUCCUGACCAUGUCAAUCACAGAUUACCUGAAGGACUAUCAAGAACUGCUGCAGGUGAAAGCAGGUCUCAUCCUUGAAAUUGAAACUUACAGAGCUUUGUUGGAAGGGGAAAGCAACCAGUGGAUUAUUACAUGGAGAGAUCAGCUUAUAGGGAAAUUGCCUCAAGAUAUUAUAAACUCUUCAUAUAACUACACUGAUAUGUACUCUACUUAUCAAGAAAGAAGUCAAAAUAAAACUUCACCAGCUAUCAGGAUCACUGAUACAAGGCACAGAAUACCUGCGGCAAACAUAGGCGGUUCUGCACGCUAUUCAGCUCAAUCAACACAGAUUGGAUCACAGAGAGCAGUGAGUGGGAAAGACUUUGGAAAAGAUUUACUAGGUUCAAUAUAUCGCCCUUCAUCAACCAUUAGAAAGGAUGAAAGGAUUGUGACAGACCACAAAGAAGUAAGAACAUAUACUCCAGGCUACAGUAGCUGGAAAAACACUGAAACGCAGCAAAAGACAAUCCCAGAAAGAAAGAAAACAGAAGUUACAUCUUCAUCUACAGUAUCUUUUUCAAAACAAUCAACACAUGCUGAAAGAUCAGACAAGGACAUCAAAGCUGACACAAAACCUAGGAUUUCUGAAAAUCUAAGAACAAAACCAAACUUCUCUAAAUUUCCAACUUAUGAGCUGAACACCAAUUCAAAACCAUCUGUAUAUGAAGAAACCAUAACUGAAACCCAGACCACAGUAAAAGAAAAAAGAGGAGGCAGCAAACCAACUGAAGAAAGCAAAUCACUGACUAAAGAAAAAGAUAAGCUAGAGAAACAAACAAAGGAGGAGAAAAGAAAGGUAGAUGAGAAGACUGUUGUAGAUGAAAGAAGUGUUAAUUUUGGAAGGCAGACUGAUGCGAAAAUGGGAAUAGAGCAGAAAAAAUAUGUUCGGGAGGAAGUCAUUAACCAGAAGGUAGCAGGGAGUGAAAUUUCAAGAACUUUGAAAAAUGAAUCAAGCAAAAAAGAUACAGAUGUAUCCUUCGAAUCCAAAAGCAGAGAAGUCAUUGAGAUACCCAUCAGUCUUGAAAGACCUGCUCCUGACGAAGUAUCUCAGAAGAAUAACAAAGAUAUAAGUUCCCAAGAUUUUAAAACUUCCAUCGGAAGAGAGACAGGAGACAGAGAAACUAAGCCUGCUGAAAUUCACAAAGUCAGUGUUUCAGAAUCUAAUCUGAGAGAUGAAGAGAGAACUAGUGGCAGAAGUCAUAAAAUGGAGACUCUGUCAACUGAAAAUAUAGCAGAGAACAUUGUUGCUGACAUUCUUAAAAGUUUUACACAGUCUUCUAGUUCAGAAGUAUCAACAGACACAAAAGUAACCUCUUUCAGUAAGCAAAAGCAAGGUGAUGAUGGGAAAAUAAAGACAGAGAUGACAGUGCAGUCUCGAGUACAAGAAAACAUAGAUGUUUCUGCUGAAGCUGGCCGAGGAAGUCUUUCAAAUCAGGAUGUUAGAAAAGUGUUAGAGAGUGCUGAGGGAACUCCUUCCAAACAGGAGAUAGAAGAUAUAGUACAUCAUGGCCUGAAAGGAAGUGGGGAUGCAAAGAAUAUGUCCGUUAAUGUUGAGAUUGUGGAGGAAACAGUGGAUUAUGCCACUGAUGAAAGGACUGAUUUUUCAACACCUUUUGAAGUGGAGGAAGUGGAAGACACAUUCCCUGAAAAAGAGAAGCGUUAUGGUGAUGAGGAGCAAGACAUAACUUUUACGUAUGAAGAUCUUAAAAAGAGGAAACAACGCCAUGAAAGCUUCACUCACGUGGAGGAAGUGACUGAGGAAGAUGACUCACCUAUCGAACAAAAAUACUUUGUGUCUGUUCCUGAUGAUCAUCCUAUUAUUAAUGAAAAAGAUGAUGACUCAGUGUAUGGGCAAAUUCACAUAGAAGAAGAAUCAACUAUUAAGUACUCUUGGCAGGACGAAUUUUUGCAAGGAACACAAAGUAAGAGAGAUGAAGGUGUAAGCUCUCCAGAGGAAACGUACAGAGUGGUAGGGGAGGAAGCAACUGCCCACAUAUUAAAAGAAGAGCAUCCCAAAGCUGGAACAUCCCAUGUUGAAUCUGUUGUCAUUGAAAAAGAAAUUAAGAUACCCCAAGAAUUUCAGGCUUCAAUAAAGGGGCUUUUAUCAAAGGAAACCAAGGACCCCAAGCAACAACUGAAGGAAGCUUUAGAACAGUUGGAAGGCAGUCUCCCAGAAAGUGUAAAAGAGGAACUGUCUGCGUUAACAAAAGAAAGUCAGGCUGACUCUAGUAACUUGGAAUUUGAUAUCAAAAAAGUUCAUCAAACAGAGGAGGGAGGCUUGCUGACAAUUGUUGCUGAAGUCAAUCUCUCUCAGACCCUUAAUGCUGAUGAGUUCAACGUAGCUGAGCUCAGUGAAGUAAUUGCAGGUGAGAAGAAGACAUCAUCGCACUCCUUGAAGAGAGAGAAGUUGGAGAGAGUUGAUGGUAAAAUCAGUACAGAAACAGAUGUUUCUGCACACAGUGAUAUAUACACUCCUGUGGCUAAUGAAGAAGUCUACAGGUCAUCCACAGUCAGGAAGAGUGGUAGCACAGGAUAUCAUACCACUGAAAAAGUCAUUUAUGAUGGUUCAGUUUUGGAAACUGCACAUUUUGGAGAGGACUCUCACUCACCUGAAUCAACUGAUGAGAGUGAAUCUGUAAGACAUAUUCGGGUUGGUCCAACAGAAGUCCAGAGAUUUGAGCAGAUUGCAUAUGAAGGGCCUGGUUCUGAAAUGCUCAGUGCCACAGAAGAUGUUGUUCAGACAGAGGGCUCGUCAGAGAUGAGCCAUUCUGUGAAGCAUUUUAAACUGGGUCCUAAAGAAAUCCAAACAACAGAAGAAGUAAUUUAUAGAGGCCCCAUUACGACAACUGUAGAAGAGAUGGAUUCUGGAAAUCUUUCCCAGCAGACCUUUUCAUCAGAUAUCAGCAGGUCCACGAGGCAUGUUACAGUAGGAUCAAGGCAAGUAAUUGAAGAAGUGUCUUUUGAAGGGCCAGGCUCAGAUUCUCUGGAGCUCAAUAGCUCAGGGAAUCUCUCUCAGACAGAAGGGUCUGUGGAUGUCAGCAGAUCAGUAAGGCAGUUUAGAUUACAUCCAAAAGAGAUUCACUCUGAGCAAGUUAUCUUUGAAGGACCCAUCUCUGGUAAAGUAGAGAUCAGCGAUUCUAGAGACUUUUCACAGAUGGAAAGUUCAGUAAGACACAUUCAGUUAGGUCCUAAGGAGUUUAUGACAGCUGAAAAAGUCAUCUACCAGGGCCCCAUCACUGAGCAUAUUGAAAUCAGCGAAGUGGGAGACCAGACCCAUUCAGAAAGCUCAGUAAGGCAUUUUAGGUUAGGCCAAACAGGAGUUAAAACAACUGAGAGAAUCAUAUAUCAAGGCUCCCUUUCUGAAACUCCAGAGCUCAUGAACAAGGGACAUCUUUCAGAGAAUGAAGGAAGCUCAGAUAUCAGUACAUCUUUCAGGCAUGUUAGAAUAACUCCUGUAGAAACUCAAAGUGAACAAAUCAUCUUUACAAGACCCAUUUCUGAAACACUAGAAGAUCAUUCACAAACACGAGAGUCAUCUGAGAGCAGCAGCUCCAUGAAGCAUGUUAAAGUAGGAUCCAGUGAGACGUCAUUUACUUUUCAAAUGGAUGUUUCCAAUGCAGGUGGAGUAUCCAUGGCAGAAAGUGAAGAACAAGCAACAGUGCUCAUACCGAAUAAACAAGACCCUUCUGUUAAUCAGUCACAGUUUAGAGUUGAAAGUGACCACAGUGGGGACAGUGAAAAUAAAGGAAGUUAUAUUCACUCCAGUUUUUCCCAAGAUCAUGUUGAAAACAUAGAGGAGAAGUCAGGUUUUGAUAAAACUGUUCAAUUGCAAAGGAUGGUAGACCAAAGGUCAGUUAUUUCUGAUGAAAAGAAAGUUGCACUUCUCUACCUGGACCAUGAGGAGGAAGAUGAUGAAGAGAAUGAUGGACAGUGGUUCUAAAAGGACACCUUAAUGAAGUCUACUUGGUAAUUUGUUUAUGCAGGUUCUUGAUUAUCCUGUGUUGGUUUUUUUUGUUUAGUUUUUUUUUUUUUUUUUUUUUUUUGAGAGAGAAACUGAGAAGUAUUGAAACCUUCUACCUAUUCAGUACACUUUUUACUUGAUUUGAAAUUGUAUUUUUGGGAGAAAUCAUGCUAUUAAUAUGUUUUUUUCCUCAGAGGCCUGUUUCC